CUGAAGGACGAGUUACAGCCUACAUUUACACCGCUUCACGCAAACUACAUCUCUCGGCUGCAUGAAGCAAACCGCGGCGCUAAUGUAAAGUGACAUAAUGAUGGAUCCAAAUCCAGAUGAUAUCCUCCCUGGUGAAGACAAAGAGAACAGCACAGUUGACUUUAACCAGACUCAACUCAAUCUGAACAAUUUAGAAGUUUCACCUGAAUCUAAACAAAAUGAGUUUGCAGAGGGUCCUGUCCUUGAUGAUAAAGAAACCUGUGGUGAAGUUAAAAAGGAAGUUAGUGAAGAAACCUUUGAUAUGGAGCAAACUUCAGUUCCUGUCACAUCAGAAGAACAAACACCUAAAACCGAGAUAACCACAGACCACAGUAUUCAAGCAAAUAUGUCAGGAAGAGAAAAUCAGGCGCACAAGCAGUCACUAGAAGAAAAAAACAACUCCAAGGCUACUGGCCAUGCAGACAUGAGCAAGUCACCUGAACCAUCUGACUCAUCACUCAGCCGCAUGGAUCCCAGUCUGUCUGUUGUGUUAUUUGGAAGCUUUUUGGCAGUCCAGUUUGGACAUGAAAACAUUGUACUAGGAGAAAAUAUUGAAAAUUUAGCAACAUCCAGGAUUGUUUCUUCACAGAGGAAGAUAUCAGACCGUCACGUCUCUGUGAUAAACAUGAUUGACUUUCAUGAGACUGAACUUUACCUGGAGUCUGUGGAUCAUCUCAUUGGUCAACUCCUGGAUGAUAAUGAAAUCCAUGCUUUCAUCUUUGUUUUGCGACUGAAUCAGUUAACAGAUGCUGAUAAGAUGGGUCUGGAAUGGCUUCAGAGAGUGUUUGGUGAUAAAGUUCUUCAGUUUGUAUUGAUUCUCUUCACUUAUGAGACAGACGAAGAAUGUGACACUAUAAUAGAUGAUCUGAAGAAAAACUCUGAUCUGGAGCAGCUGCUGGAAAAAUGUGGAGGAAGAUAUCAGACCUGCAACAAGAUGAUGAACAACCAAUCAGAAAUGAGAGAACUGAUGAACAAGAUUGAGCUUCUGUUUAAUGACAAUCAACAGCAGUGCUACAAUGGAGAGAAACGAGAGACAGAAGAGCCACAAAAGAUUGAAUGUGAAAGUGCCGAAGCUCAGAUCAUCAGGAGAAACACUGAGUCCUCCACAUCAGCAGAGACAGAAGAGCAACACAUGGGUAAUGAACAGACUUUAGAAGAAGGGAGCAACUCCACACCUGAUGGUCAAGCAGAUUUGAGGGAAACACCUGAAGUGUGUGACUCUGAUUCAUCAGUCAUCUGCAUGGACAACAUGUUUCCCAGCAUGACCAUUGUGUUAUAUGGAAACUCUUCAUCAGUCCAGUUUGGACAUGAAAACAUUCUACUUGGAGAAAAACAGACAAAUAUGAAAAAUUCAGAAAUAUCCAGAAUUAUUCCUGUACAGAGGAAGAUAUCAGAGCGUCACAUUUCUGUGAUUGAUAUGACUGACUUACAUGAGACUGAACAUGUGGAUCAUCUCAUUGGUCAAUUACUGAACGAAGCUGAAAUCCACACAUUCAUCUUUCUUGUGCGAAUGGGCCAGUUAACCAAUGAUGACAAGAUGGGCUUUGAAUGGCUUCAGAGAGUGUUUGGUGAUAAUGUUCUUCAGUUUGUGCUGAUUCUCUUCACCUAUGAGAGAGAAGAAGAGUGUGACUCAAUAACAAAUGGUCUGAUAAAAAACCCUGUUUUGGAGCAGCUGCUGGAGAAAUGUGGAGGAAGAUUUCACAUCUGCAACAAGAUGAUGAACAGCCAAUCAGAGAUGAUAGAACUGACGGAUAAGAUUGAGCGUCUGUUUAAUAAGAAUCAACAACAGUGUUACACUGAAAAGAGACGAGAGACAGAAGAGUCACAAAAAACAUGUGAACGUGAAAGUGAACAUGGACCUACAAAAAAUAAACAAACAGGAGAGACCACCACAAGUGAAACACACAGGGGAACUAAAGAAGAGCUUAGAAGAGACAAAGAGGAGCCUGAUAAACACGAAGAAAAAGAAAGACUUACAGGUUCAAAUUCAUUGUUUGACAAACUUCAUCUUGAAGCCAGGCCUAAUCUGAGAGCUGCAGAUGUUCUUCAGAUAACCAAAUAUUCAUUACAGUCCUGUGAGUCUUGUGCUGAAGAAGAGCUGAUUCAGACUUUCACACAAAAACUACUGAUGAUGAACUACAGAGCAAGAUACAUUAAAACUAAAGCGACAAAUGAACAAGAUGACACACAACAAGAAGACAAAUUCUCACCUGGAGAUGAGUUUGAUAUUUUUGAUGAAAUGUCUAUGUCAAACAAAGAAACAAGUCAAUCUCAGAGAAUUCACCCGAUGGAUGUUCAGAUGGCCGUGUUUCAUUGUGCUGAUGGUUUUCUGAAACAGCUGAUUGUGACUAAACUGUCCCAGUGUCAGUACUCUCUGCCUCUGCUUGUUCCUGAUCCAUUCACACAACAGCUUGAGUUUCCUCUCUGGACAUUCAGACAAAUCAACAAGAGCUGGAAGAUCAGAAACACCAACAAUGAAAUCAUCAGUCAAAUUCAACCGAUCUACAAGGCAGGAACUCCAAUGGUGUUUUUCUUCAGGUUUGGCUCUGUGUCUUCAUCCAAGUCCCAGCUGAUGAACAGUCUGAUCAAUGAGAAACACAACACGUUCUUCCACAGGAACUGCACAGGCAGCAGCAGAACCAGAGUCCUGAUGGAUGGAGUGGUGGAGAUCGCCUGGUUCUGCCCCUCUGGAUCAUAUGGUGAUAAAUUCAAUGACUGUGUCGCAUUUUGUAAUCUACACGGAGAUGCAGGAGACCAUGAGAAACAGCUGCAGAUUCUCACUGAAAUGAGCUCAGUCAGUGUUGUUGUUCUACCACGACUGGACAGGAAUGACAGACAUGCUGCAAAGAUACAAAACUUGUCCAAGAACAGAAAACCACUCAUUUGCCUUUUUACAGAGGAUGAGUCUACUCUCAUUGAGACUCGAAAAGGAAAAUACAAGAUUGGUUUGAAAGACAGGAAUCAGUCAGAUGUUUCUGAAGAACUCAGAAAAGCUAUAAAUGCUUGUCUCUCAGAAUCAUCUUCCAUAUUCAGACUUGAAGAUGUGUCCAAACAUUCAGACAUCAGAGUAGAUGAAGAAGAUGAUGAUGACUGCAGGAGAGGAAGAGCAGCAGCACAGCAGAUGAUGAGUUCACUGGAGAAGAAAGAUCUGACAGAAAUAAAAGAGUCAUUUCUGCCUCAUCAGGGGAAACUGUGGCAUCAGUGGAGUCAGAAGAACAAAGAACUGCAUCGACCUCGAGGUCACGAUACAGAAAUGGAAAUUAGUAAAAAACAAGCAGAAAUGAAGAACAUCCGUGAGCAACAGUAUGAACUGGAUGUCAGCGGGUUUAUGAAGAUCUUCAUUGAACAAAUAAACUCACAUGCUGCAAACAAGAUGCUUUUCCUCAAAUGGAUCAGAAUUCUCCUGGAUGAAUAUACAUCAGCUGAUCUUGAUGCUGUACAUCACAAGUAUGAUGAAAAGUGGUCAAAAGUCUUAGAUCUGAAAAAGGAUCAUAAUAAAUCUAAUCAACUCAAGGCUGAACAAUCAGAACUUGAGAAAAUAUCUGAGGAACUUCAAGCUGCAGCCUUUGGUUUGGAGCACAUCAUGAGGGAGAUCGGUCAGAUCUAUGAAUCAUGUUCAUCUGUGAAGAGGAAGAAAGACCUGCAGAUUGACUUCUCUUCUCUUCCGAGUCUUGCAGCAGAGAUGAUGAUCUGUGGAUUUCCCUUGGAGCUGAUGGAUGGAGAUGCUGCUCAUGUUCCUGUGAUCUGGAUCUCUGCUGUUCUAGAUCAACUCAUCCAGAAACUUGGAGACCAGAGAGUCUUUGUGCUGUCAGUUUUAGGGAUUCAGAGCUCUGGGAAAUCCACCAUGCUGAAUGCCAUGUUUGGACUCCAGUUUACCGUCAGUGCUGGCAGGUGCACCAGAGGAGCUUUCAUGCAGCUGGUUAAAGUGUCAGACGAGAUGAAAUCACAGAUGAACUUUGACUAUAUUCUGGUUGUUGAUACUGAGGGUCUUCGUUCUCUAGAUCUGGCUGGAACAUCAACAAGACAUCAUGACAAUGAAUUGGCCACAUUUGUUGUAGGUCUCGGAAAUCUAACAUUGAUCAACAUCUUUGGAGAAAACCUUGCUGAGAUGCAGGACGUUCUUCAGAUUGUUGUUCAGGCCUUCAUGAGGAUGAAGAAGGUCAGACUGAGUCCCAGAUGUGUAUUUGUGCAUCAGAACGUUUCAGAAGUCACAGCUGGAGAGAAAAAUAUGGAGGGAAGGAGACGACUGCAGGAGAAAUUGGAUGAGAUGACAAAACUUGCUGCUAAAGAUGAAGACUCUACUGCAGAGCGUUUCACUGAUGUCAUUAAAUUUGAUGUACGGAAUGAUGUGAAGUAUUUUGCUCAGCUCUGGGAGGGCAGCCCACCCAUGGCACCACCAAACCCAAACUACUGUGAGAAUAUUCAAGAACUGAAAAACACUGUUCUUUCAAAAGCCUCUGAGUCUAGCUGUGUUACACUGUCACAAUUUAAAGGACGUAUUAAUGAUCUGUGGAACGCACUGCUGAACGAAAACUUUGUGUUCAGCUUCAGAAACAUUCACGAGAUUGCAGUGUACAGAAGACUAGAAACCAAAUACAAUGACUGGACCUGGAAACUCAGAAGUGCCAUGUUGAAAAUAGAAGACAAAUUCCAUACCAGAAUUGCCAAUGGAAAAUAUAAGGUGGAGCAAAAAGAUCUGUUGGCCAACAUGAAUCAGACAAAAGAAGCAGUACAAAAAUCAUUUGUGUCAUAUUUUGAAGAGGACAGAGACAGAGAAGUUCUGAGUCAGUGGAGAGGAAGAUUUGAGACCAAAAUUGAAGAACUGCAUGACGACCUCAUAAAGAGAGCAAAGAGAACAUUGGAUGAAGUGAUUCAACAGAAAAAAACAAGAGAGAAGCUGGAUGGUAAAAAGACAGAGUAUGAAAACAAGCUUUUCAGUCGGAGUAAGGAACUCGCUAUGCAAUUUAGAAAUACAAAAACAGAUGAACAUGAGCUAAAGAAAGAGUUUGACUCUGUUUGGAGCACAUGGGUCACUGAACUGAUCAAAGACACUCCUCCAGUGAAAGACAUUGACAUUUGGAAGGAUGUCAUAAAAAUCCUGUCAGAAAAUCAUGAAUUGUCUCUACUGCAAGAGAGGCAACAUGGGACACACUAUAAACAGUUAGACUGCCUGCCUGAUUAUUCUGAUUAUAUUAUACAGAAAAAAAGUGUACAUCUUACUGAUCAGGAUCAGUCCCCUAAUUGUGCAGAUGCAAGCUCUGAGACCCAGGAAGAAACGUCUGCCAUACAACAAUCACAAGCAUCAAGUUUCUUGUCAUUUCUCAAGUCACUCAACCCUUUUAGAAAUAGAACUGUAAUGGAAAAUCAGCAUAAGCCUCAAUCUCAAAAUAAUACCCAAGAUCAAGAUUCAGUAAGGGUUUUGAUCAGAAAUAUAACUGAGCAGACCAGCAAAACACUUGAACGGGCACAAACAGCACAACGUGGCUAUCACGAUAGCUAUAUUCAAGAAAUGACAGCAUGUGUUCAAAAACACAUCAGUGAAUACCAAAGUGAAAACAAGAAGUUUAGAUUAAAGAAAGAGUUCUCUGUGGAUCUUUGUUUGCAUGUGUGUGAGCUUGCACAUGACAAAUUUACUGUACUUCACAACAAGUUUAAGAAUGCAAAUGAUCCAAAAAUGUAUCUUGAGAGGCAGAAACCUCAAUAUUACAGCGUUUUCAAGAAUUACUGCAGAGGAGCAACAACAACAACUAUAUUUGGUGAAUUCAUUUGCAGCAAACUUGAAUCUUCCAUCUUGCAAGCAGUUUACAACAAAACUGCUAUUGACUUGGCAGACCUGAUGAAGUGUGAUGUACCAGCAUUCAAUGGAAACAGAUCAAAACUGGAAAAACACAUUCUAACAUCCCUUGCAGAAGAGGAGAAUUUUCAACAGUACAUUAAAUAUAUUCAUAACCCCAGAGAGCACUUCAAACAUUUUAUUACGUCCGAAGUCAGUAAGUUCAUCAAUCAAAACGACCAAAAGGUCCUCACUAAAUUCAGAACAAAUCUCACAGACACAGAAAAGUCUGUGAAAGCAGCAGUGGAAGAGUCAAUAGCAGAGGUCAAGAGAAUCAAAGGAGAUGCCAUCAUGUGGCAGAAAAGCUUCAUUGAAACCCUGUCAGAUGAACUGAAAUUAACAGGAAAUUCAUGCGCUGACCUCAGUACAAUCACAGAUUUUGAUUUUCUUGAGGAAGUUUUACAAAAAGAUCUUAAAAAAAGGAUUUCAGAGCUACAGAAUGGUUUUAAAAGCAUUAAUGGCAUACAUUUGGAAAAGUGCAGAAAAAAACCUGAUGGCAUUCUCAUUGAUCAGUUCUGUCAGUGCUGUUGGAUUCAGUGUCCAUUCUGUAAAGCCAUCUGCACCGGUACCGUGGAAAACCAUCCUGGAGAUCACAGUGUUACUUUCCAUCGUGUUACUGGGAUAUCCGGGUGGAAGUUCAGAGAUACAACAUUCUUGACUGUGAACAUUUGCACGUCAGCAGUGGCAAGUGAUAGAUCUUUUUAUCCAGAUUCCUCAGAUAACACAGUCCUCUGGAGAGAAUACAGAAAAGGAGGUGAUGGGUAUUCAGACUGGAGCAUUACUACUGACGUCUCUGAGCUGCCCUACUGGAAGUGGUUUGUGUGCAGAUUCCAGAAGGAUCUAGAAGACUACUACAAAAACACAUUUGAAGAGGGUGGCGAGAUUCCGAAAAAAUGGAGAGAGCACUCAAAAGAUGAAGCAAUACAGAGUUUAGAUGAUUAUAUCUAAACAACUAAAACAAGCCUUUUUCCAGAUGAAACAAAAUACAAAAUUGAAGUAAACCGCUUUUAUAAAUAGUAAAAUGUAGAGACAAACAGAAUCAGGUUUAUUGAAUAUUCCAGGGGUAUAUCAAAUCUGUUCUGGAUAACUCUCUCAUUUAACACACCUGAUUCAUCAGCUCAUUAGUAAGAGACUGCAAGAACCGAAUCCAGAUUGUGACUCGAGGUCCUUUGCCAUUCCCCACUCCCCACUCCCCACUUUUUCAUGUCAGUCUCUACUAUCUUAUCGACAAAAAAACAAAAAAAAAAAAAAAAAAAAAAAAAAAAACAUGAAA